AAGCCACCUAGCUAGAUGAUUAAACAAAUUCUUAUACGGAUGGUCUAUGUUGAAUUGAAUUCGCAAUAGCUCAAGCUGCCCUACGUAUACUCUGGAAAUAGACGCCAAAAGUUGACUGUAUAAUGUAUAUAUAUAGUGCAAACUCCCUCCAUUAACUAACAUCAUUUAAACGCAGCCAGAUGGACAACGUCAUAGAACCAGCUAAUGGUGUUUUGGGCAAAGAAAUCACAUGCACAGCUGCUGUGGCUUGGGGUCCUGGACAGCCUUUCUCCAUACAACAAAUUCGUGUCCAACCACCUCAGAAGUUGGAAGUCCGAAUCAAAAUCUUGUACACCUCAGUUUGCCAUACUGAUCUUAGUGCGUGGCAAGGCCAGAAUGAAUCACAACGAGUGUAUCCUCGUAUUUUUGGACAUGAAGCCUCCGGGGUGGUCGAGUGUAUAGGCGAGGGUGUGCAGGAUAUGAAGGAAGGAGAUCAUGUUCUCACUAUCUUCAAUGGCGAGUGUCGUAGAUGUGCUUAUUGCAAGUCUGAAAGCACCAAUCUAUGUGAAAAGUUUCGCGUGGAUCCAUCACGAAGCGUGAUGAGGAAUGAUGAGAAGACCAGGUUCUCAACGCAAGACGGGAAACCCAUUUACCAUUUUCUCAACACAUCCACUUUUAGCGAGUACACAGUCAUGGACUCGGCAUGUGUUGUUAAGAUCAAUCCAAAAGCUCCCCUUGACAAGAUGACUUUACUUAGUUGCUGUCUGUCCACAGGAUUUGGAGCUGUAACCAAUACUGCCAACGUUCAACACGGUUCAACAGUCGCAGUCUUUGGCCUGGGUGCCGUGGGACUGGCGGUCAUACAAGGGGCCAAAACAAUAGGAGCAUCUAAAAUCAUAGGAGUCGAUAUUAAUGCGGACAAGCAUAUCAAAGGUCAAACGAUGGGAAUGACACAUUUUAUAAACCCGAGGGAUCUUAAAAUGUCGGCACAUGAGAAAAUAAGGGAAAUGACGGAAGGAGGGGUAGACUUCAGCUUCGAGUGUGUAGGAAAUCUUGAUGUUCUUCGGGAAGCCUUCUUGUCGACCCAUGACGGAUGGGGACUAACAAUAGUAUUGGGGAUUCAUCUAACACCAAGAAUGUUGCCAUUGCAUCCAAUGGAGCUGUUUGAUGGACGAAGAAUCACAGGAUCAGUGUUCGGUGGUUUCAAAGGGAAAUCCCAACUCCCUCUCUUUGCUGACCAAUGUAUGCAUCAGGAUGGGAUAAAAUUGGAAGAGUUUAUUACCCACGAGCUUCCCUUUAACAACAUCGACCAAGCUUUCCAACUGCUAGUUCUUGGAAAAUCAAUACGAUGUUUGCUUCAUCUAUAAAUCAAAAGAAAAAUAAGUGAUUCAUUAACGUAAGAACAUCAACAGUUAUUGAAUGAAGUUGGCGAGAAGCUAAUUGAUGCAAGGCAUUAAACAUUGAGACUUUGGGUAGCUAAGCCAUCUAUUCCAAUCAAUACAAGAACCUCUCGCGGCUCUUUUAAUUCAAUUAAGGGCCAAAUUGUUUAUGUCGCUGACAAGGUCUUUAAUGCUUCUAUACAAUCAUUCCUCCACUUGACCACUUCCAUAUGGUCCAAGCAAGGGCAUAAAUAGCCGCAUUGACACCAUUUUCAAUCUUGGGAUGCAUGGAUGUGUGAUGAUCUAAGUUCACCAUUUGCUGGACUAGACGUCAUCAGUGGACAAGUCAUUCCACCUCGCUUUGUAUUAUGUGUAGGAAGAGUUUAUUUUUUCAUUUCUAACGGUAAUGAAAUGACAUAUAUUAUAAAUAUAAAUUACUAUUACUCAUGUAAUA